ACGAGAGGACAUGCAGGCUCGCUACUCCGUGUCCAGUCCCAACUCCCUGGGAGUGGUGCCGUACCUCGGCGGUGAGCAGAGCUACUACCGAGCGGCGGCGGCGGCGGCCGGCGGGGGCUACACGACCAUGCCGGCCCCCAUGAGCAUGUACUCCCACCCGGCCCACGAACAGUACCCGGCCGGCAUGGCCCGAGCCUACGGGCCCUACACGCCGCCGCCGCAGCCCAAGGAUAUGGUGAAGCCGCCCUACAGUUACAUCGCCCUCAUCACCAUGGCCAUCCAAAACGCGCCCGAUAAGAAGAUCACUUUGAACGGGAUCUACCAGUUCAUCAUGGAGCGGUUCCCUUUCUACAGGGACAACAAGCAGGGCUGGCAGAACAGCAUCCGCCACAACCUCUCCCUUAAUGAGUGCUUCGUCAAAGUGCCCCGAGACGACAAGAAGCCCGGAAAGGGCAGCUACUGGACCCUCGACCCCGACUCCUACAACAUGUUCGAGAACGGCAGCUUCCUCCGGCGCCGCCGCCGCUUCAAGAAGAAGGACGCAGUCAAGGACAAGGAGGAGAAGGACCGCCUGCACCUCAAGGACCAUGCCCCGCCGCGACCUCCGCCGCCCGCCACGGAGCCCGAGGGCGGCCCCGCCACCGCCGCCGGGGUCAGCGCCGCGCCGCCGCCGCCCGUCCGCAUCCAGGACAUCAAGACAGAGAACGGCACGGCCUCGCCGCCUCAGCCCCUGUCGCCCCCCGGCGCCGCCCCGCCGCUCGGCGCCGUUCCCAAGAUCGAGAGCCCCGACAGCAGCAGCAGCAGCCUCUCCAGCAGCGGCAGCCCCCGUAGCACUCUCCCAUCCAGCCGCUCACUCAGCAUGGAGGCCCCCGAACCGCAGCAGCAGCAGCAGCAGCAGCCGCCGCCUCCUCCGCCACCUCCGCCCCACCACCACCACCACGGCCCGGGCUUCAGCGUGGACAACAUCAUGACCUCGUUGCGAGGCUCUCCGCAGGCCUCCGCCGAGUUGGGCGCCGGCCUCUUGGCCCCUGUCGCCGCCGCCCCGCGUACCGGCAUCCCGCCUGCCCUCUCUCUCGGCGGCUACUCGCCGGGACACAGUUCGGUUUACGGCUCACCCUGCGGCCAAGCGGCCGCCGGUGCCGCCACCGGCACCUACCACUGCAACAUGCAGGCCAUGAGCCUUUACGCGGCGGCUGGCGGCGCAGACCGGCCUGGCCACCUGCCCCCUGCCGCCAGCCCCGCCGAGGACCCUCUGCCUGACUACGCCAUGCCCACGGGUGGCGGUGGCGGCGGGGGGACCGGGGGCGGCGGCGGCACGGGUGGCGGCGGGACGCUGGGGCACGGCGGCCAGCAGGAGGGGCACCACCCGCACCAGGGCCGCCUGGCUUCCUGGUACCUCAACCAGGCGGCGGCGGCGGCGGCAGCGGCAGCAGCGGCGGCAGCAGGAGAGCUGGGCCCGCUGGCGGGCGCGGCGGGCUACGGGGGGCCGCAGCAGGGCUUCGCCGCUGCCCCGCGGGAGGUCUUCGAGGCACCGCGGCUGGGCCUCAGCGGCUCGCCGGGAGGAGCCGGUGGCGGCGGCGGCGGUGGAGGUGGCGGGGCGGGGGGUGGCGGCGGCAGCUGUCAGAUGGCUUUUCCCGGCAGCCAGCCGCUUUACCGCACCUCCGGGGCCUUCGUCUAUGACUGUGGCAAAUUUUGAGGGCGGCCCGCCGCGGGGACAUCGCGGGGACAUGGUGCGGACAUCCGCGCAGCACCGCGCCGCCGGCCCCACAUCCGCGCCCGCCCGCGGGAAGCUAUAGUAGAGACAGCCGCAGAGCGUGUUUCGGUUUGUUAAAGGACAGUGUUACUCCAAUAACACGUAAGUUUUUGGUUGUUUUCUUUUGUUUUGGGUUUUGUUUUAUUUUAAUCUCUUUCAGAAACUUUUUUCCUCUCCCCUGAGCCCCCUCCCUUCCCCAUCCCUUAAGGUAUUGUCGGUAUUGUCAUGCCUCGGGUUUAAAAGGGGACGAAAAAUCCAGCGUAGAGCAUCAGCUUCACACAACCACCCUUUCCCCCCCCCCUCUUUUACAAGGACUUGUUUUUAAAUGUAAAUUGCAACAUAGUAAUUUAUUUUUAAUUUGUAGCUGCGGACCAAACACCAGAAAGUGUUUUUUUCCCCCCUGCUUCCCUGAAAAGUGACGUUUAAAAUGACCGAAACGCUGAUUAUUUUUUUUUCACUCUAUAUAAAAAGGGAAACUGUAUUAAUCUUAUUCUAUCAAUAUUUUUUUUUUGUUGUUGAAAAUAUUCCGAAGGUAUCGCAUUGUUUGUUUAUUAAUAAAUUACCAUUCGGUUGGAA